GUGAAGAGCUGACUCAUCUGCCCAUCACUGCCAUGGCGACGUGGCGUCGUCUGCCUCACGAGCUCACACAAUCAAGUGUCCGCCGCUUUCCUCCUCCUACGGCCGCCCAUGUUUCUCGAUGCUCCCUUGCAGCUGCUCCCUUCCACCUCCACCCAUCCAAGAAAAGCAAGGCGAAAAAAAAAUACCGAGGAAAAUCGGAAAGGGCACAAGCACAUUACACGGCGGCCGUCUCCUCGCCAAGGCGAGGCGCGCAUUCCGUGUCUCCACGCCACCCAGCUCGGCCCGCCGCCGGACCGGCGUCUCCACCGGUGGCUCUGUCCGCCGCCGCCUCCCCUUGCCAGCGCGCGCACUGAGAUGCCAUUCCGGCUCCUAAAGGCUCCCCCGGAACGACGACGACGGCAGAGCUGAGCGCGCGGCGGCCCUGCGAUGCCGCGCGUUCUCAUGGCGUCGGCCGAGCGUCUGGCCUCAUCCCCGGCGGGAGGGCCGCCGGCACCGGAUGCGCCGCCGCCGCAGUCGUCGGCGCCACCCCCGCCGGAGGCUACCUCGUCGUCUCCUCCGCCGCCGACACCGUCGCCGCCUCAGCACCCGCCGCCGCCGCCGCCGCCGCCGCCGGAGAAGCGGUCCCCACCGCCUCCGGCACCUUCAGGCAGCAACAGCCCGAAGUCGCCGUUCGAGCAAUCUUUGAUAAAGACGCCUUCGAGUCCGCCGGAGAAGUCGUCGUCGACGGCGUCCCCGCCUCCCCCUGCUUCGCCUCCGCCCUCGCCGCCGCCGACGAGCCAGUCCCCUCCUCCCCCUUCCCCGUCGUCGCCGCCCCCGUCACCACCUCCACGUUCGCCGCCGCCGCCGCCCGAGUCAUCAAUGCCACCGUCGUCGCGCCAGUCGCCUCCGGAAUCGAGCACGCCACCUCCACCCACAUCCUCAGGGACAGCCGCGACCCCUCCACCUCCCCAAACUGCCACAUCAGGCUCCGGGUCAAAAACACCGGCCACACCGCGCGAGGCGCCGUCGACGCCGGGAACGCCUCCAGACACCGACGCCCAGCCACGUCCGUCCCAGGGGACACCUUCCUCAGCGACGCAAAUACUGCCUCCUCCAAUGGCCCUGACGGUGAUCAUGCCAGGCUCCGGCACACCUGCGGGCGUGUGGACGGGCCCGCCUGGCUCCGCCGCGACCCCUCUGCCACUGGGUCCCCCUGCCGGAAGCUCCGGCAGCAGCUUGAAGACCGAGGAGCUCAUCGGGAUCUCCGUGGGCGGGCUCAUCCUGACACUGGCCUCGUUGUUCAUCUUCCUGUGCUUCAGCAACAGGCGGGGGAGGAAGCGGCACAACGCCGUCGUGCCGGAACACGUGGUCUCGACGGACGCGAACGGCACGGCGGCGGCGGCGUCGCCGGCGAGCGGGGCGAGCUCGUACGACCUGUCGGGCUCCAAGUCGUGGUUCACGUACGACGAGCUGACGGGCAUCACGGGCGGGUUCGCGGCGGCGAACGUGAUCGGCGAGGGCGGGUUCGGGAAGGUGUACAUGGGCGCGCUGGGCGACGGGCGGCGCGUGGCGGUGAAGCAGCUCAAGGUGGGCGGCGGGCAGGGGGACAAGGAGUUCCGCGCCGAGGUGGACAUCAUCAGCCGCAUCCACCACCGCCACCUCGUCACGCUCGCCGGCUGCUGCGUCACCGAGAACCACCGCCUCCUCGUCUACGAGUUCGUGCCCAACAAGACGCUCGAGCACCACCUGCACGGAAAAGGACUACCCGUGAUGGACUGGCAUAAGCGGAUGAAGAUUGCGAUCGGAGCGGCGCGUGGGCUGACGUACCUGCACGAAGACUGUCAUCCUAGGAUCAUACACAGGGACAUCAAGUCGGCCAACAUCCUUCUCGACGACGCCUUCGAGGCCAAGGUUGCUGAUUUCGGCCUUGCCAAGCUCACCAACGAUUCCUUGACGCACAUCUCGACGCGCGUGAUGGGCACAUUCGGGUACAUGGCGCCGGAGUACGCGUCGAGCGGGAAGCUGACGGACAGAUCCGACGUGUUUUCGUUCGGGGUGGUGCUCCUGGAGCUCAUCACCGGGCGGAAGCCCGUGGACGCGUCCCAGCCCCUGGGAGAAGAGAGCCUCGUUGAAUGGGCCCGGACCCUCCUCGUGGACGCCCUGGACACGGGCGACUUCCGGGAGAUCGCCGACCCCGCGCUGGAGGGCAGGUUCCCCAAGGCCGAGAUGCGGCGGAUGGUGGAGGCCGCCGCCGCGUGCGUGCGCCACUCCGCCGCCAAGCGGCCGAGGAUGGUGCAGGUGUGGCGGUCGCUGGACGUGGACGAGGGCUCGUCGGACCUGACCAACGGCGUGAAGCUCGGGCAGAGCACGGCGUACGAUUCCCGGCAGUACUCGGCGGACAUCGAGCUGUUCCGGCGCAUGGCGUUCGCCGGCCACGGCGACGGCGACGACGACGAGGACGGCCUCUCCACCGCCGAGUUCGAGGACGGCCGCCGCGGAGCGGGUUCCACGGCGCGCAAGUGAGCAAGCGGACACCCCACAUGCGCGGAGAACAGUAGAACACCCGCACGAGCGCGCGGCGUACGCCAUGGAGCUCGAUGGGGCGCAGGAGCAGGGGACCAAGCCGUGACCGGGCGCGCGCGGGCACCGAGGGCGCGGAGGGUUGUCGCAGGAGAGGAGGCGGCAGGCGCGGCUUCCUUGAGCCUAGCAUUGUGUGUUGGUGUGCAUGCGUUGCUACUCCUGCUGGUACCUUUUUGUGUGCGCGCGCGUGUGCAGUAAAUCAGCAGGAAAAAGAGGCCCAGUUCAGAUCAGCAUCCGUCGCGUAAA